CGAAAUAUACCUCUUCAUGAAUUAAUGUGUGGGUUGAAGACCACACAAUAAAAACUUUUGGAUGUCUUUAUUUUAUAAACAUUGACUUCAGCUUGCUGCGAAACACCGUUAACAACGCUUGACGUUUUCAAAGUUUUCAAACAACUUUAACAAAGUUUUUAAAGUUAGAAAAACUUCGUGCAAACUUUCCUUCAAACAGUCGUCAGUGUCUCAUGAAUGGCGUUUUACUUUGCUAUUUACUUCCAAGAAUAUUUACAUGACGUUUUUGUCAAGAACGAGUCAGAUUCAUCGAAUUUGGAUUUGAUUGCCGCUAUAAACAACAGAUUUAYGAGCCCGUUACUUGUAAACCAGUUGAAUAUUUACGAGUUACAAGAUUUGAACUAUGUCAGGCAAAGCAUUCCUUCAGAUGUGGACAGCCAUCAUGGUUGCUAUGGUGAUAGGUCAAGCAAGGUGUAGCUUGAUAGUACUGCCCGUCAACCCACCAGGAACUAAUACUCAUCACCAGUCCCUUGAUGACUGGUGUGCUAAUAUGRCAGGACAUCUUUACAGGACCAUGCAGCAGUUUGAAAAAAUAGUGUUCAAUAAAACAUCUCAGGUGAUGAACUCUGGUAUCAUGGAAGCACAAAGACUUGCCUUUGAUCGUCGAGACCUGCAGAUCUAUUCUCUGUUAUUCGAAGAAGUAAGGCCCGAUUCAUCCAACUCCUCACUCAGUCAAAAGAUACAGAACUGCGUAACCCUUAACAGAGGUGGCAUUAACACGCUGUGCAUGGCCAUGAAGAUAUCGGAGAUGUACCUUAACGGUACCGCACCCUUCCCAGGAGGCGUCAGCCCCGGUGUAGUCCAGGACCUACGAUACCAAGACAUUGGUGACAGUAUGGCGGCCAUCAAAGCACAGUUUAGGAAACUCGCUGAAAUCAUUGGCAAAACUUAUCUUGCCGCAAUUGACGUUCGAAAGUAAACAGAAUAAAGAUUAUAUUAAAAGAUGCGAUAAAAAUCUGCUUUAUUUAAUAAAUUAUGUCUAAAAUAUUUUUUUCUAAAAGAAUGAAUAAAUAAUUUGAAGUUGUAUUCUUCACGACUGCAUGAUAUAUUAACCUUCAUUGCAAAGCACUCAUAACCUGUCAGCGAUACACUCACUGACGAUGUAACACUCUAAAGACACGCACAUGUAACGCAUUCUACAAGCACAAUUCAAGAAUGUGGCAAUUCUCUACACCUAACACCAACGUUACUUGCAGACCAAGUAAAAACACAAUUACCAUUGGUUCACACUCUAAACUUACGCCUUCUCACACAAUACACAAUACACUCUACACGUAUCACACACCCACGCACGCACGCCGCUCCUAACACUGCAAGAACUCAGUCGAAGUUAGUUUCCAGAGGUUGUAAGGUGACUUAAGUAUUCCAUAUAACUUGGUGUUAAUAUAUCUGUUGCCUUUAGACACUGACUUACACUGUAGCUAUUAUCGAGGGCGCCAGYAGCAUCUUUGAACAAAAAAGACGGCGCAUUAAAAAUAUAUAUACAGUA